UGUAACCAUAACAUUGUGGAUAAUAAUCUGUUGGAGUGUGAACACUCUGAAAGAUUCUAAAUCAUCCAAUUUUAUGUGAAGAAAUAUGUAGAAAAAACAAACAAUGGAUGAGUUAUAGGUUUGGUUAAGACUUGAAAAGUCAUUGAUCACGGCUUUUGUCCAUUAUUCCGUGUUUAAAGUAAUUUACAUUCUCUUUUAAGAUCUCUCAGUCCAAAGACAAUGCAAACAAUAAUAAUUUCUCCACUUGUUUCUCAUCGUCUCUGUCUUGCUCGUGCUGUUCCUUGCAACCGUCUUCUCAACAACCACCACCGUGCUCCUCCUUCGAUCCGCCUCUCAAACCACCGUUCAACCACCUCACUCCGCCUCUUCUCCUCCGCCGGUAGACCCCACCACCUUCUAUUUCCCUUUUAAACUUUUUGUUUCCUUUUGAAAAAGAUAUUUUGCUUGCGUGGGGCAAUUCCGUCAAAGCGUUACCAUUCGGGAUAAAUUGGUCAUUUUUUCAUCACUGUGUCUCUCUAUUGAGUCUUUAGGGUCUCUCUGUGUUUGCAAAUCUGACGCCGAGUAUUUUGCUAAAGCAGCAGCCAGUCGGGACAGUGAAAUGGCGACUGAAGAUGUGCAAGAUCCCAGAAUCGCUAAGAUUGCCUCUUCCAUUAGAGUCAUCCCCGACUUCCCUAAACCAGGAAUCAUGUUUCAGGACAUAACGACGCUUCUUCUCGACACUGAGGCCUUUAAGGAUACUAUUGCUUUGUUUGUUGAUAGAUACAAAGAUAAAGGCAUAUCUGUUGUUGCAGGUGUUGAAGCUAGAGGUUUCAUUUUUGGCCCUCCUAUUGCGUUGGCUAUUGGUGCCAAAUUUGUUCCCAUGAGGAAGCCCAAGAAGCUACCUGGGAAGGUUAUUUCGGAGGAGUAUUCGUUGGAGUAUGGAACAGAUACGAUUGAGAUGCACGUAGGUGCAGUAGAGCCUGGUGAGCGUGCUAUUAUUAUUGAUGACCUCAUUGCCACGGGUGGGACUCUCGCUGCUGCAAUCCGACUACUUGAACGAGUAGGAGUGAAGAUUGUUGAAUGUGCUUGCGUAAUUGAGUUACCAGAGCUUAAGGGAAAGGAGAAACUAGGAGAGACGUCGCUAUUUGUUCUUGUAAAGUCGGCUGCUUAACAAGAAACUGGAAGAGAAGGUUAUUGGAUCGAGUGUUGAUGCUAUUUUUCAUGUAUGGUGAGACAUUUUGCGUGGGAUUUGAUCCUUGUUGUUUCAACUUAUCAUAAUUGGUUCAGACUAGAAAAUGGCAUUUGAAUGUCAGGAUUCGAUUGCAGUUUCCUAUUGUUCCACUUAAAAUCCCCGAUUAAUAAGGUGUUAUGGGUUUUAUUUAUAGAAUCAAGUUGUAAUAGUAGACUCCAACAGGGGCUAAAGUCUUGGUAACGCAAUUCUUCUUUUAAGUUUCGCAGCACCUUGCUCGUUACUUCUC